GUGAGAUUUGACUACAUCCACAUCUGGCGUGAACGUACCUAUAGCAUGACAUAAUAUGGGUAAACUGGACAUGCACCGGGAAAAUAUUGCAGGUAUCCAAUCAAGGUCUGCAUACUGCAGUACAACCCUCCAAGAUUUAGAGCCUAGCAAGGCGUGGAAAGACAGCUGAGAAGAGCACUACACGCCCGAGACGCGAAGCCUGCGACAGACGCCCGCGUAGCAAAAGAGUCGGAUUAGCCGAGCGGUAAUUAGACGCGUUUGGGGCGGCAUCACCGCCUGCCCCAAACGCUGCCUAGCCCCUCCACCCUCCACUCGUGAACUAUUUUGCCGCCUCGUGUCCAACCAAUCACACACGCCCCCGGCCAAACAAUCAAACAAUCAAACAAGCCUCGUUCGCAUGUUGACACGGCUCAGCCGAACUCACAGUAAGAUACAACAACAGGCUGCCAUUCGCCGUCGAAGCUGACGAGAUUUGGAGACGGCAAGGGCCAAUGUCAUCUCAUGCACCACACUACAGCGCGAGAAGAUGAUGAACGCCUCGUCUCUCACCCCUUCCCUGUUUCUGUCCCUAGCACCUGUGUACAUGCAGGCAACGAAGGGCUACCUACCCCCGUGCGACGAACUUCAGUAGAUACAGGAAACCCGGCACUGGAGGCACAGCCGAGAAGCAGCAGCUAUGGAUACUAUGGUGGUUGAGAACACGAACUGGAACGCGCGAAAACGACGUGCAGUUCACUCGGUCUUCCCAACGGAUGCCUUCUCGCAGCCAACACCACAUUCAACGCCUUUGGCGCCUGCCGUUGGGAAAGGCCAGCCUUUUGGCGGCCCUUUCGCCCAGGACAACUCACAGCAGCCAAUCGCGCCGCAGAACUGGGCUGCCUUUAGCGCUGGUGAGUUACCGUUAGAACAUACCCAUGCCUCGCACCAGACUCGCUUCGAUAGGGCUUGGCACACUGUCACAUCACGAAUCGCAUUGCCGCCUUCAGUCUCUGCGGAAGACUCGUUCGGGUCACUCCCAGACUUGCAGGAUGUCGACGGUGGCAUAUUCGAGAGUGCAUUGCUUGACGUUAUCAACCCUUCGUCACGCCUGCCCCUCGCGAGCCACACCGAGGACAUUCUUGCCUGGCAUACGCAACAGAUGCGACAGCAUUUUGUCAACUAUGUACUUCCCCUCUUAGCGAUAUGUGAUGGCUACUCGGACCAAACACAGCUUCUAUUGGGAAGCAUUCGAACAUUAGAAGCAGCACGUCGGCAGUAUCUUUACGGUCUGUCAUUAAUCGUGCAGCCUAUGGACCCAAAGAAAGCAGACCUAGUUCUCAAGAAGUUUCUGCGAGAUGUAUAUGCUAUUGUUGGAAAUUCUAUGUCUAGUGCUCUAGUCUCUGCGCUUCGAAUGGUUCUCGGCCACAUGAUGAAGAAUGUACUGGGGAUAACUGCAACAGGCCCUACCCUCUUCGAUGACAAGCAGUCUCAACAAUCCACAGACAGCGUAGACCAUACCCGAGAAGAACUGCUAGAACUAGUCGACUCGCUUUGCAGAGCUGGGCUAGCAGGUGAGCGAUUUCAGAUCUUGUUCGCUGAGCUUCUGGACGAGAUGAUGGUCAAGUAUGUGCAAGAAUCCUUUGCUGGAGACUGGGGUUUAACAGACCAAGACGUUCACAUGUUGGGCUUAGUCGCUGGCCAAAGCCAGUCUACUCAGCCUCGAUGUAUAGUGCAACUUUCAGACUGGGUCGAGAAUCAUUACGCUCGCCUCGCCGUAGAAGUCACCACCAGACUUGGAGGGGUAGAGGUCGCUUGGACUGAUGUAGAGAAGUGGAAGCAAACCGCUAUCGGAAGGCUUGCGACCCUUCGUAUCAAUGAACUUUUCGACAUAGUAAUUAACUGGCGCAGUAGCGAGGGCGGCAUUGAGGAUCUCCGUUUCGCCGUCACUACUCCUCAACGGAGACUACAGCUUACCGACGCGUUCUCUGCGGCACUGCAGAGCCGUCUACUCCAUCCAGGUCGCUCAACGCUAGAGAUUUUACGUACAUAUAUCGCCAUGAUACGGACAUUUCACAAGCUAGAUCACUCUCGCGUGUUACUUGACCGUGUAGCCUACUCUCUACAGCUCUAUCUUUGCACACGUGAAGAUACAGUGCGUCUGAUCGUAUCUGGUUUACUGUCUACUCCUACGGAGGCUGAGUCAGAGGCGACUCGCAAGAAGAAACUAGUUGAACUUGUGGAACUGCUCUAUGACCCUGACCAAUAUCGCUCAGAGCGCCAGGAUGAAGAAUGGGAUGACUUGACUUGGGUCCCUCCACCGGUGGAUGCUGGCUCCAACUACAAACGGCGUAAAUCAGAAGACGUUAUUGGUACUUUAAUUGGUGCCCUCGGUUCUCCUGAGGUAUUUAUCAAGGAGUUCCAGAAUAUCAUUGGCGAACGGCUACUGUCCGAGCAACUUUCCUUCGAUCAAGAGGUUGGCGUGCUUGAUCUUUUGAAGAAGCGAUUUGGUGAAGCAUCGUUACAGGCUUGCGACGUCAUGAUUAAAGACAUACAAGACUCACGGAGACUCGAUGCCGUAAUUCACCGUAAUUUUUUGAACCAAGAUGAGAAGGGAUCACACGAGUCGAACAUUCAUGCCAAGAUCCUCUCGCGACUGUACUGGCCCGAGGCCGGCGAAGAGAGCUUUGAGUUACCUACGGCUGUUGCCACAUUGCAGAAGGAGUACGCAUCCGUAUUCGAACACCUCAAACCAUCCCGUAAGCUCAAGUGGCUCAAUCAUCUUGGUCAGGCCACGGUGGAGCUCGAAUUUGAGGAUCGUACCAUUGUGAAAACGGUACGCACCUACGAAGCAGCUGUCAUCAAUGUGUUUGGCGAAAACGAUGCACCUAGCUGGACAUUUGAGGAUCUGUGGAUGAAGAUGCAAAUCGACGAAGAUCUCCUGUCGUCAGCACUAGAAUUCUGGGAGAAAGAACAGGUCCUGCGUAGACAGCAUGACGGCAGCUACGUAGUCAUAGAGCGGCUUUCGGAUGGAGCCGAGUCAGAACAGCCCAGCAACAACAUAGUCCCACCGUCAGCGUCAGCCGCCGCCGCCGCCGUCGCGGAUGGUGGUAGCAUGCAGACGCCGCCGCCACAACAACGCAGCAGCAGGGCAGCCAAAGCCAAGACCUCCAAAAGCGGAAUGAGCGAGAAGGAAAAAGAGAAACGCGCCGUGUACUGGCAGUUCAUCGUGGGCAUGCUGACCAACUCGAGCCCCGCGAUGCCCCUGAACAACAUCGCCAUGAUGAUGAAGAUGCUCAUCCCCGACGGGUUCCCCUGGAGCAACGAGGAGCUGCAGGAGUUCCUGGCCGAGAAGCUCGGCGAAGGCGAGCUGGAACUCGUUGGGGGCAAGUAUAAGCUUAUCAAGAAAUGAAAUGAAGGGACACCUUAAAAAAAAAGGAAAAAAAAAAAAAAAAAAAAAAAAAAAAAAAAAGGCGGAGAUUUGAAUGAAUCGAAGGGUUUAAAAGGGAUGAGAUGGGAAUAGAAAUAGAAAUGGGAAAUUAAAUGAAUGAAUGAAUGAAUGAAUGAAUGAAACAGACGCCUAAAGGCGGCGUUGUCGCGUGUUCGUAUCGUUUGCGUGGAUCGGUGUCGUAUUUUGGAGAUGCGCGUAGGUUAGGCGGGCGGGUAGGUUAAGUAUCACAUAAUCAAUCAAUCAAUCGGCCGAUGAAAUAAUACAAUGGUUAGGUACAAGCAAUCAAUCAAUCAAUAGAUACAAGAUGAUUGAUUGAUUCAAUUAGUUAUGUCGCGUGCGUGCACGCAUGUAUGCAGCCAAGAGGUGGGCGGCACGUGGUGAGAUUCAGAUUCGGAAUAUGGUUUUCGUAGCAUUCUGGCGGACGGACUGAUAG